UUUUGUUUUUAAAAUUUUCAAAUAUACUUCUAUCCACACCAAAUAAAAUUCAUACCAUUUAAAUUAAAUAAAGACAUUCAUGCUCAAAUGAAAUCACCACUUUAUAUCAUAAGUUGGAACAUUUCUUUUUUGCCCAUUUGCUAGCCCAGUCCACCCCCAAUGCUCCAGCCCAUACUUUUCUCGUUGAUUGACGGCCUUUUAUUUUUCCUUUGUAAAACGAGUCACGACCCAACCCAUACUUUCCUGUCAUCUCUCCUUCUUCUACUCUUAGUCUCCCGAUUGGCGAAUUCCCAGCCGAAUUAGGGUUUUCAAACUCGAAAUUGUAACAAGGGUUCAUGUGUAAUUGCGAGACAUUUGGGGAUCUCAGAUUCAUUCCUCGUAUCUCACCUGCGCCGGAAGCUAUCGCCGGACGGAGCCACUGCGCCGCCAUUCCCGCUGCCGAGCCUCUACCUUUCUAGCCAACUCGCCGGCGGUGAAUCUCUGCCUCUGUGGAACCACUUCGCCGACGACAAAUCUCUCUCUCUCGGUCGCCGCCUUGCGGGCUCUCUGCCUCUCUUAGAUUUUACUGUUUUUGCCGACGCCCUCCGGUCAGAAGCUGUGGCAGGCUGGUAGCUUCUUGUCGUCGUCGAGAUUUGGUCCAAAUGUCUGGUGUUGAUGGUUCCCAAGUAUUACGCGUGGUGGCUGCAGUUGGUGCUACUGUUAUUGGUGGAAGUUUUGCUCUUGGUCUGGUGAUAUCUUCCAUUUCCGAACGUGUUACACUGUAUAAAAAGAAAAAACAUGGGAAGCCAUGCCGGUUUUGUAAAGCAGUGGGUUACUAUGCGUGCAAGCUAUGCAGAGGAAAUGGCACCCUAAAGUGGUCCCCUCUCUUUGACCCAGUAUAUAUAAACCCUUGCGUGUGCCCAACUUGUGAUGGAUUCAAGGUUCAACGCUGUCUUAACUGCUUGGCCUGUGGUUUUACGUGACUAAUGUGGGUGCAGCUUAGUUAAACUUGGUGAAAGAUCUUGGUUUAGGUUUCGUGAGAGGCUUAUUGGACUACAAAACUUCCUUAUUCUUGAGACAAACGGGUGGACGAUUAAUCGAUAACAUCCUCAAGUUUAAAGACAAGUUUCGCUCGUUUUUUGUGGUGAGUUUCGGAUAUAAAGAGUGUAGAUGUAUUCGGUGGUUCGGGUUGACGUGAUAAUACUUCUUGUAUUACUUCCGAACUUUUAAUUUGGAGAGAUAUUUUUUUAUUUUUUUAAGAUAGUCUGCAAAAUCCACUCUAUCAGCGUGAGUUUUCCACCAUCGGAUCAGCACACAAACGUGAGUGUGUUUGAGUGUUUGAUCCAACGGUGAAAAAUUCGAUUUGGGCACACGAUCGAAUUGCCCCUUUGAGACUUCAAGACACUAGGUUUUCAAUGUGAUCUAAUUUUUUCAUAUUCUUGCUGUCUGUAUAGGUCAAGGCUAGUGGUUUUUUUAUUUUAUUUUUUUAAAUUGAGGACAUUUUUGUAUGAUUGAAAUAAAAAUAUAUAUAAUAGUAUUUGAUGUAGAA